UUUGUUAAUCUUUUCAAAGAGCCAGUUUUUGGUCAUGUUAUAACUCUUUUCAGUUUUUUUUCUGCUCUCUAUUUCAUUUAAUUCUGCUCUAAUUUUUAUUAUUUGCAUUCUUCUGAGGGUUUCUUUCGUUGCUCUUUAUUUGUCCAAAUUAUGGGGAUAGUUCUUUGAUUCUGGCCUCAUCUUUUUGAAUGUGUGCAUUUAUUGCUAUAAAUUGACCUCUGAGGACUGCUUUAGCUGUGUCCCAAAGGUUCUGAUAGGAAGUGUUUUCAUUCUCAUUGGAUUCUAUGAAUUUCUGUUUGUGGUCCUUAAUUUCUCAUAUAACCCAGUCGUUUUUGAGCAAGGUGUUGUUCAGCUUCCGUGUGUUUGAUUUCUUUUCCCAGCCUUUUCUGUUACUGAUUUCUACUUUUAUGGCAUUAUGGUCAGAGAAGAUGCUUUGUACUAUUUCGAUGCUUUGGAUUCUGUUAAGGUUUGCUUCAUGACCUAAUAUGUGGUCUGUUCUGGAGAGUGUGUUCCAUGUGCAUUGGAAAAGAAAGUAUACUUGGCUUCUUUUGGGUGGGGUGUACUGUAUAUGUCUGUGAGGUUAAGUUGGUUGAUUGUGGCAUUUAGAUCUUCCGUGUCUUUAUUGAACUUCUUUCUGGAUGUUCUGUCCUUCACCAAAAGUGGUGUAUUGAAGUCUGCUACCAUUAUUGUGGAGGUGUCUCUCUCACCUUUCAAUGCUGUUAAGAGUUUGUUUUUAUGUAUCUUGAAGCUCUGUCGUUGGGUGUGUAAGUAUUUAAUACGAUUAUAUCCCUGUGGUGUAUUGUCCCUUUAAUCAUUAUAUAGUGCCCUUCCUUAUGCUUUUUCUUGGAUUUAACUUUAACGUCUACUUUGUCAGAAAUUAAUAUCGCCGUUCCUGCUCUUUUUUGAUUGUUACUUGCUUGAUGUAUUUUUUCCAUCCUUUGAGUUUUAGGAAACUCUGGUGGCAUAGUGGUUAUGUGCUACGGCUGCUAACCAAAGGGCCGGCAGUUCGAAUCAUCCAGGCACUCCUUGGAAACUCUGUGGGGCAGUUCUACUCUGUCCUGUUGGGUUGCUAUGAGUCAGAAUCGACUCGACGGCACUGAGUUUGGGUGUUUUUGAGUUUUAGUUUGUGUCUUUAAGUCUGAGGUGUGUAGGAAUCAUACAGACGGAUCAUGUUUCUUUAUCCAUUCUGUCACUCUGUCUCUUUAUCAGGGCUUUUAGUCCAUUUAUAUUCAGCGUAAUUAUGGAUAGGUAUGAGUUUAGUGCUGUCAUUUUGAUGUCUUUUUUUGUGUUGUUAGUGUCUUCUUUCCACUUAAUUUUUUGUGUUGAGUAGUUUUUCUUUAUAUACUGUCUUUUACUCUUUUUCAUUUUUGCUUAUUUUGUAUUUGCUGUGUCUUUAUGUUUUUCUUGUAUUUUAUUUUGAUGUGUAGGAUUGUUAGUCUCCAUUGUGGUUACCUUAUUAUUUACCCCUAUUUUUGAAGUUUAAACCAGACUUUCAUCUGUGUAUUGCCUUGACUUCCUCUCAGUGAGAAAGAUCUAUGACUAAAUAUUUAGAUCCUUUUUAUUGAUUUAAUGUUAUCAUUUUUUACAUAGUGACAUCACUGUUUCCCUUUUUAAGCAUUUUUUAAUCUUGAUUUAUUUUUGUGAUUUCCCUAUCCUGGUUGAUAUCUGGUUGCUCUGUCCCUUGUUCUGGUAUUAGGUGGUUAUUUGAUGUUAUUGCUUUUGUAAUCAGAGGACUCCGAUUCGUAUUUCUAGUAUUUUUGUUUUGGUUUUUGUAAAUUCCCUAAACUUCUGUUUUUCUGGAAAUGUCCUAAUUUCGCCUUCAUAUUUGGGAAACAGUUUUGCUGGAUAUGUGAUUCUUGGCUGGCAGUUUUUUUCCUUCAAGGCCUUAUAUAUGUCAUCCCGUUGCCUUCUUGACUGCAUGGUUUCUGCUGAGUAGUCUGAGCUGAUUCUUACUGACUCUCCUUUGUAGAUUACUUUUUGUUUAUCCACAGGUGCUCUUAAAAUUCUCUAUCUUUGGUUUUGGCAAUUUGAUUAUAAUAUGUCUUGGUGACUUUCUUUUGGACUCUACCUUGUGUGGGGUUCAAUGAGCAACUUGGAUAGAUAUCUUCUUUCAUGAUGUCAGGGACGUUUUCUGCCAAGAAACCUUCAACAAUUCUCUCUGUAUUUUUUGCUCUCCCUCCCUGUUCUGGUAGUCUAAUCACUUGUAGGUUAUUUCUCUUGAUAGAGUCCCACAGGACUCUUAGGGUUUCUUUAUUUUUUUUUAAUUCUUUAAAAAAAUUAUUUUUCUUUGAAUAUAUUGGUGCCAAGUUUUUUAUCUUCAUUCUCUCUAAUUCUGACUUCCGUUUCCUCAGUUCUGCUCCUCUGACUUUCUACUGAGUUGUCUAAUUCUGUGAUUUUUUUGUUAAUCUUCUGAAUUUCUGAUUGCUGUCUCUCUGUGGGUUCUUGCAGCCUAUUAACAUUUUCAUUAUGCUCUUGAAUAACCUUCUUAAUUUCUUUGACUGCUUUAUCUGUAUGUUCCUUGACUUGUUCUGUGUUUUGCUUGAUCUCCUACUUAACCUCUUGAAGAAUUCUGUAUGUUAGUCUUUUGUAUUCUACCUCUGGUAAUUCCAGGAUUUUUGUUUCAUUUAGAAGAUUCCUUGAUUCUUUGUUUUGGGAGCUUGUUGAAGCUAUCAUGGUCUGCUUCUUUAUGUGAUUUGGUAUUGACUGUUAUCUCUAAGUCAUCUAUAAGCUAUUGUAUUAAUUUACUGUGUCCUAGCUUUUUACUUUCUUUUGAUAUACCCAAAUGGGCUGCUUGAGUGAGCUUGCUUGAUUGUUGGCACCUUUGUAUCUCUAAAGUCCUGUCACCAGAUGGCUGGAGCUGUUACCAUAUGUAUGAGCCUAGGAGUCCAUUCACUUUUCUUGUAUGGAUUCAGCUCGGGUGUACAGGUAGUCGAUUAUCAAGGUGUGGUGUAGGCUCUUACCUAUGGUCUUAGAGGAGCAGGGAUCAUUGGUUGUGGGCACAGGUAUCUGGUUGCAGCAGGGGGUCACACUCCGAGUAAGGCAGGGGCUGACAGCUGUCUCCUGUGUGUCUGUGAGGAAUGUGCGUCCCUAUUCCCUAGCAUGCACAGAUGGGUAGGCUCGGUAGCUGGACCAUGGGCACCCAGUUCUUUUGGCUAUGAGGACUGGGAGGCACUACUUCUCCUUGGACGCCUGUCUUGAGUGGCUAGGUGCUAUAGAUGGAGCCACCAGUCUUUAGGCCCCAGGUGUGGGUAGGUGAGGACCCAGCUUAAUAGGUAGAACGGUGUCAAAUGUCAAAGGCCUGCCUAUUCACUGCACAGCUGAAACAGUGGAAGACAGACGUCAGGCACAUACACCGUUGCACAGUGACAGCAAAGGCCUAAGCUGAGGAAAUUGGCCCACAUUGGUCCACGUAGGGGUGAAAGGCAUUCAAAGUCCAUGGACUGCUUGUGCCUGGACAGUACCUGCUUCUGCCCUGAGUUCCCAGCUUAGAGGAGCCGUCAGAUUAUUUUUUCCCCAUUUGUUAACUUGUUCUUUCUCUAACACCGGGAGAAUGGUGCAGGGUGCGCAGCAGGACCUAACUCAGGCCCAGGGAAAUCUACCGCCACUGAAGGUGUCUUGGGGGCUGGGGCAGAGGGAGGAGUGAUCAGAUUAAUGGGAGAGAGUUCUUUUGAAAGGGGUGCUUUUUGAUCCAUGUGGUAAACUAGACACAGGCACUUAUCUUUUGUCGAGAGCGCUGUUCUUUGUGAUUCUGGGGGCAUGAAUAGACUCUGCUGCUUGCUUUCUCUGGUUGUGGAAAACGUGUCCUGAAUGCUACCGCUGGCCAUGCCACAGUUGCACCAGGGAAUUAGGCCCGUGCUGCUCAUUGUCUCUCGCUGAGAAAAGUGCAUUCCGAAUGCUACUGCCAGCCCUGCCACGGUCUCCCCAAGAGAUCGGGGCUGAGGGGCAUCGGUUCCCAUUGAAACAGGUCCUGCAGCUGCUUCUGAACUGUCUCUCCAUCCCUGUACUGCUCAAUCCGAUUUCUUAAUUUUGCCUUUGAUGUUCCGGGCUCCUAGCUUGUCAUAUUUAUAAUCGAUUUACUAGUUUUUUCAAGUCUUUGUUAUAAGAGGGACCACUGGAAGCGUCUGACUACUUCAUCAUCUUGGUCCUGCCUCUAAAAUUAGGUCUUCUGGUAGUCAUUAUUAAAUGACUCUCUAUUCAAGUAACACUCUUUCAGGAACACAACAGAGUCCCUGAUGGAGCUGGGGAAAAGCGUGAAGCAGAACACAAAUUCACGUAAAAAGACCAGACUUAAUAGCCUGAUGGAGACUGGAGGAACUCCAAGACUGUGGCCCCCUGAUACUCUGUUAACCCCCAACUAAAACCAUUCCCGAAGCCCAGUCUUCAGACAAAGAUUAGAUUGGACUGUAAAACGUAAAAUAAUACUCGUGUAGAGUGUGGUUCUUAGUUCAGGCAGGUAACAGGAGACCACAUGGGUGGCUCCUCUCCAGAGGCAUGAUGAGAAGGCAGAAAGAGACAGGAACUGGUUGAAUGAACACAAGAAACCCAGGGUAGAAAGGGGGAAUGUGUUGUCACAUUUUAGGGAUUGUAACUAAUGUCGCAUAACAAUAUGUAUAUAAAUUUUUGUAUGAGAAAUUAACUUGAGCUGUAAACUUUCACCUAAAGCAUAAUAAAAAAAGUAAUACUCUUUUCUUUUUAAGUCUCUUUUGUCCAGUGUUAAUAUACUUAUAUCUGCUUUUUUUAUGCUUAGUGUUUAAAUGAUACUUGUUUUCUUUCCCCAUUUACUUUUGACCUGUCUGUGUCUUCAUAUUUAAAAUGUGUUUCUUGUAAUAGCGAAUAGUUGGGUCUUGCCUUUUUCUCUAGUCUUAAACUUUUUUUUUUUAAUUGUGCUUUAAGUGAAAGUUUGCGGUUCAAGUUAGUUUCUCAUAUAAAAAUUCAUGCACACGUUGUUAACAUGACCCUAGUCACUCUCCGUUUAAUGUGACAGCACACUUCUCCUUUCCACCCCAGAUUUCCUGUGUCCAUUCAAGCAGCUCCUGUCCCUCUCUGCCUUCUCAUCUUGCCUCUGGACAGGAGAUGUCCAUUUAGUCUCAUGUAUCUACUUGAGCUAAGAAGCACACUCCUCUUUGAGCAGAAAACUGGUGCGGUUUUCGAUGAAAUUGUAGAGAACUGUGGUGGUAUCAUGGAUACAGAAAUGUCUGAAGAUACAGACCACAACUUAACUCCUACCCUUGACAGCAUGUCUUAUGGAAUGCCGAAUCAAACAGGAUCUGAAAAUUCAUUGCUGGAUGAAGAUGAUUAUUUUUUGAACUCUGGGGAUCUUGCAGGAAUUCCAGUCGUUGGUAGUGACAAUGAGGAUGAACAGGAUUUUAGUUCAAAGGACAAUCUUGUUUCUUCAGUACACACUGAUGAUAGCUUGGAAGUAGAGAGAAGAGUCUUACAGCAUGAAUCAGACAAUGAAAGUGAAAUACAAAUUCAGAGUAAAGUAAAAAAAGACUUUCCUAAACAGUUUGAUCAGGUUUCUGUUUUUAAAUCCAUACGGAAAGAUUUUAGUCUAGUAAGAGAAAACAGCAAAGAGACAUUUUCUGGAAAGGAGAAAAAUAGAGACCUAACUUAUGAACGUGAAAAACGGUUGGAUAAACCCCAUAAAGAUUUGGAUUCAAGGUUGAAAAGCAGUUUUUUUGAUAAAGCAGCUAAUCAAGUUGAAGAAACAUUACAUACUCAUUUACCACAAACCCCAGAAACAAACUUUAGGGAUUCCAGCUAUCCAUUUGCCAAUAAAGAAUCCAUUGGUUCGGAACUGGGGAAUUCCUUUGCAUCAAAUAUUAGAAUUAAAGAAGAACCUUUGGAUGAUGAGUAUGACAAAGCAAUGGCACCACAGCAGGGACUACUAGACAAAAUUAAAGAUGAACCUGACAAUGCUCAAGAGUAUGGUCAUGGCCAACAGCAAAAAACUCAAGAAGGGGAACUGAAAAUUAGUGCCGUGUUUUCAGUUAGUGGCAGUCCUCUUGCUCCACAGUUGACUACUGGCUUUCAGCCUUCGCUGGCAUCAUCUGGCAUGAAUAAAAUGCUUCCUUCAGUUCCAGCCACAGCUGUUCGAGUUUCCUGUUCUGGUUGUAAAAAAAUCCUCCAAAAGGGGCAAACUGCUUAUCAGAGGAAAGGGUCUACUCAGCUGUUCUGCUCAACAUUGUGUCUGACUGGAUACACAGUACCACCUGCCCGCCCACCACCUCCUCCCACCAAGAAAACGUGCUCAAGUUGCUCCAAAGACAUUUUAAAUCCAAAGGAUGUGAUCAAUGCCCAGUUUGAAAAUGCCACCACUAGUAAAGAUUUUUGCAGUCGAUCAUGCUUGUCAACAUAUGAACUAAAAAAAAAACCCGUUGUUACCAUAAAUACAAAUAGCAUUUCAACCAAAUGCAGCAUGUGUCAGAAAAAUGCUGUUAUUCGACAUGAAGUUAACUACCAGAAUGUGGUACAUAAACUUUGCAGUGAUGCUUGUUUCUCUAAGUUUCGUUCAGCCAACAACCUCACCAUGAACUGUUGUGAGAACUGUGGGGGUUACUGUUACAGUGGUUCUGGUCAAUGCCACAUGCUUCAGAUAGAGGGGCAGUCUAAGAAGUUUUGUAGUUCAAUAUGCAUCACAGCAUACAAGCAGAAAUCUGCCAAAAUUACACCAUGUGCACUUUGCAAAUCAUUGAGAUCCUCAGCAGAAAUGAUUGAAAAUACCAAUAGCUUGGGGAAGACAGAGCUUUUCUGUUCUGUUAAUUGUUUAUCUGCUUACAGAGUUAAAAUUGUUACUUCCACAGGUGUACAAGUUCAGUGUAACAGUUGUAAAACCUCCGCAGUCCCUCAAUAUCACCUAGCCAUGUCAGAUGGAAGUAUACGCAACUUCUGCAGCUACAGCUGUGUGGUAGCUUUCCAGAACUUGUUCAACAAACCAGCAGGAAUGAAUUCUUCAGUAGUGCCCUUGUCUCAGGGCCAAGUAAUUGUAAGCAUCCCCACAGGUUCAACAGUGUCGGCAGGAGGAGGUACCACCUCUGCCGUUUCUCCCACCUCAAUCAGUAGCUCUGCUGCGGCUGGUCUCCAGCGUCUUGCUGCUCAAUCCCAGCAUGUUGGCUUUGCACGAAGUGUGGUGAAACUCAAGUGUCAGCACUGUAACCGUCUUUUUGCCACCAAACCAGAACUUCUUGACUAUAAGGGUAAAAUGUUUCAGUUCUGUGGCAAGAAUUGUUCUGAUGAAUAUAAGAAAAUAAAUAACGUAAUGGCAAUGUGUGAAUAUUGUAAAAUUGAGAAAAUUGUAAAGGAGACCGUGCGAUUCUCAGGUGCUGACAAGUCAUUCUGCAGUGAAGGCUGCAAAUUGCUCUAUAAACAUGACUUGGCAAAACGUUGGGGAAAUCACUGUAAAAUGUGCAGUUAUUGUUUACAGACAUCUCCCAAAUUGGUACAGAAUAAUUUAGGGGGGAAAGUGGAAGAGUUCUGUUGUGAAGAAUGCAUGUCGAAAUACACAGUUUUGUUCUAUCAGAUGGCCAAAUGUGAUGGUUGUAAGCGACAGGGUAAACUCAGUGAGUCCUUGAAAUGGCGAGGAGAAAUGAAACAUUUUUGUAACCUGCUUUGUAUCUUGAUGUUCUGUAAUCAGCAAAGUAUGUGUGACCCAGCUUCACAAAACAAUGCAGCAAAUAUUUCCAUGGUGCAAGCUGCUUCAGCAGGGCCCCCAUCUCUAAGAAAAGAUUCAACUCCAGUUAUAGCUAAUGUAGUCUCAUUGGCAAGUGCUCCUGCUGCCCAGCCCACAGUGAAUUCUAACAGCGUCUUACAAGGUGCAGUUCCGACAGUAACAGCAAAAAUCAUUGGGGAUGCAAGUACUCAAACAGAUGCCCUGAAACUGCCACCUUCCCAACCUCCAAGGCUUUUGAAGAACAAAGCUUUAUUGUGCAAACCUAUUACACAGACUAAAGCCACCUCUUGCAAGCCACAUACCCAAAACAAAGAAUGCCAGACAGAAGACACUCCAAGUCAACCCCAAAUCAUUGUGGUGCCAGUCCCUGUGCCAGUGUUUGUACCCAUACCUCUUCAUCUUUAUACUCAGUAUGCACCAGUCCCCUUUGGAAUUCCAGUUCCAAUGCCCGUCCCCAUGCUUAUUCCAUUUUCAGUGGAUAACGAAGAUAAAGUCACCGAAAGUAUUGAAGACAUUAAGGAAAAGCUUCCCACACAUCCAUUUGAAGCUGAUCUCCUUGAGAUGGCAGAAAUGAUUGCAGAAGAUGAAGAGAAGGAAAAGACUCUAUCCCAGGGAGGAUCUCAGACUUCUGAACAGGAACUCUUUCUAGACACCAAGAUAUUUGAAAAAGACCAAGGAAGUACAUACAGUGGUGACCUUGAAUCAGAGGCAGUGUCUACUCCACAUAGCUGGGAGGAAGAGCUGAAUCAUUAUGCCUUAAAGUCAAAUGCUGUGCAGGAGGCUGACUCAGAAUUGAAGCAGUUCUCAAAAGGGGAGACUGAACAGGAUCUGGAAGCAGAUUUCCCCUCAGAAUCCUUCGAUCCCCUUAAUAAGGGACAGGGAAUCCAGGCACGUUCCCGAACAAGACGACGACACAGAGAUGGGUUCCCACAGCCUAGACGAAGAGGACGGAAGAAGUCUGUAGUGUCUGUGGAGCCCAGAAGUCUUAUUCAAGGAGCCUUUCAAGGGUGCUCAGUCUCUGGAAUGACACUGAAAUACAUGUAUGGGGUAAAUGCCUGGAAGAACUGGGUUCAGUGGAAAAAUGCCAAGGAAGAAGGGGAUCUGAAAUGUGGAGGAGCUGAACAUCCCUCAUCUAGCCCAUGUUCUGACCCAGUAGGAAACGCUCAAGACCAUGCAUUCUCUCAAGAAUCCUCGGAGCCAGGCUGUAGAGUCCGCUCUAUCAAACUGAAGGAAGAUAUUUUGUCCUGCACUUUUGCUGAGUUGAGCUUGGGCUUAUGCCAGUUUAUCCAAGAGGUGCGGAGACCAAAUGGUGAAAAAUAUGAUCCAGACAGUAUCUUGUACUUGUGCCUUGGAAUUCAGCAGUACCUGUUUGAAAAUGGUAGAAUAGAUAACAUUUUUACUGAGCCCUAUUCCAGAUUUAUGAUUGAACUUACCAAACUCUUGAAAAUAUGGGAACCUACAAUACUUCCUAAUGGAUAUAUGUUCUCUCGCAUUGAAGAAGAGCAUUUGUGGGAGUGCAAACAGCUGGGUGCCUACUCACCAAUCGUCCUCCUGAACACCCUCCUUUUCUUCAAUACCAAAUACUUUCAGCUAAAGAAUGUUAGUGAGCACUUGAAGCUUUCCUUUGCCCAUGUGAUGAGACGGACCAGGACUCUGAAGUACAGCACCAAGAUGACAUAUCUGAGGUUCUUCCCGCCUCUACAAAAGCACGAGUCAGACCCAGAUAAACUAACUGUUGGCAAGAGGAAAAGAAAUGAAGAUGACGAGGUGCCAGUGGGUGUGGAGAUGGCAGAGAAUACUGAUAACCCGCUAAGAUGCCCAGUCAGGCUUUAUGAGUUUUACCUGUCAAAAUGUUCUGAAAGUGUGAAGCAAAGGAAUGAUGUGUUUUACCUUCAACCUGAGCGCUCCUGUGUCCCGAAUAGCCCCAUGUGGUAUUCCACAUUCCCGAUAGACCCUGGGACCCUGGAUACCAUGUUAACACGUAUUCUCAUGGUGAGGGAGGUACAUGAAGAACUUGCCAAAGCCAAAUCCGAAGACUCUGAUGUUGAAUUAUCAGAUUAAAAUGGAAUUGAGGUUCCUAUUUUCAUACAGAUUGGUAUGCACCAAACUGUGAAUGCAUCCAGCCGUUGGAAAACGAUGUAUAAGCCCAGGUCCUCUUGACUUGAUCAUAAGAUAAUAGAAAACAGACGACUUGUGAACCACAGUGUGGAUGUACAAAUGAAAACUGAAGGGAAGAAUAUAAACUGAGAAAUUUUGUUCUUUGGCAGUGAUAGAGUUCUUAGACAUCUUCUGAAUGACUAACCAAUUUCUCUGAGUGGUGCAUAAUCCUAUUUUGUUUGGGAAUAACAAAUUGUGGAAUAUUUUUAAGGAAACUUGUUGUAUAAAACUCUACCAUAGUAACCUUAGACCUUAGAGAGGUAGCUUUGGAGUAAAAUCUUGGCUACAAUAGACUACUUGGGCAAGCCCUCCAUAAGAGUCAGGGGAGAAAUCAGUACAGAGCUAAGAGUGACAUCACAUGAGAACUGUGGGACCCAGACUUGAAGACCCAAUAAAAAUACUCAACUUUUUUUUAAAAGAUAGAGAGUGAAGUGGUCUUGAUUUUGAUUUUCACUGCCAAGCCCAUUAUGUGAAGGAUAAAAGCCUCUGGUGCUUUUGUCACAGGCCCCUCACAUCAGGGAAAAAGGCCUUCACUGCUGUUAACACAGUAAUGUAUCCCUUUCACUUUUUGGGUCUAACCUUCUCACUGUGGGUCUGGAUAUGGGUAAAUUAAGGUAAAGGGAAUAAAACUUUGCAAACUAAUUAUGCACACAAAAAAUCUGUGGAACUCAAUAGACCCAAAGUGUUUUGAGAUGUUUGUAGAAAACCCACUAAAAUGCCCAUUUCUUUGGGUAUCAGCUUUUAUUGCUGUUGUCUCAUAGCAUGAGCUGUGGUACACAGAAAUGGGGGUUCUCCUUUUGUUUUCCUUUUUUUCCCCAGUGGCAGCUUUUCUCCCAUUACCUUACCUUCCUUUUCCCCAAAUAAUUCCUCUUAUUUGUCUUUUGCACCAGUUUCUGGAGGCCCUUGUCAUCUCAAACAGAAAAAUCUCUCUCUUUACUCUGGCGAACCUGUGGGUGAUUCCACAAAGACACAGUAUUACUGAACUCUUCAGAAUUAUGGUAGAAAAGGUCCUGGUAUGUUUCUAUAUAAAGCAUUUGGAAGAUGACCUUGUUGCCCUAACAAACUUGAAAAGAUAGGGAUUCUAGGGUUGGGAUACAAAGACAUUGACUGUCUUACAUAUCCACAAGCAGGUCUUCUAGCAUUAUUCCAAACUCUAGCUGUUUUUUUAGUAUUCUUUGAGAGUUGCAGGUCCUAGGCUGUUUGGCAAAUGAAUUUGUGUCCCUCAUCUCUAGUCUCAGUUUCUUCCUCACAGAAUUUUGAAACAAAAUUUUAUGAUGCUGGCCAAUCACAGAACUUCUUUAAAAAAAAAAAAAAAAAAAUUAUGAUGCUGGCCAAUCACAGAACUUCUUUAGCUGGUGUUAAUUUGACUCCAUGAUAGAAGUAAGCAAAGUCCAAAAAAUUUCUUAGAAAUUUUAACCUUGAAAGACUUGUCAGUAUUUCCCAUUUGUCAGGUGGGGGUUACAGGCGUAUUUUUUUUUAAACAAAUAAGUGAGUCAUUAACUACAACAAAAAUUAAAAGGUAGGCCUUUGGGCAUUGUGUACUUGAUGGUUCUGUCCGUCUGCUUGUAACAUUUCAUUUUUGUUACCAAGAACUGUGUAAAAGAAGUAAACCUGCCCCAAUUCUGUAUGAUUCCUUCAAUCUGUGUUUGUCAUUUCUGACUGGAAAACUUCCUUAGUUCCAGACCUUGUUUGAUACGGAGGAAAAACAACUCAAUUGUCUGAGAAGUCUGCCAAUAAACCAUCCAGAAACAUCAGGUGUAAUAGUCCCCACUUAUACGAAUUUUAUGGUUUGUAUAAACACUAGCAUUUUUCCCCCUGUAGUUGUAUGAAAAGCAAAUAUUGUUAGCAUAGUAGAUAAAUUGUUAUAAAAAUAUCAGAAAGAAGAAAAAAUCUGUAUCUUUUAACUGAGAACAACCAAAUACCCAGAUAAAUGACUGUAUUGGGAUUUCAGUUGCAUGCUAGUCCACAGAGUUGCCCAAAACCCUAAAUUAAUUCGUAAAAGAAAAUAUUAAUUAUUGGUCAUUCCUCAUAAGUGUAGCGGUUGAUAAUGUGUGUCAGAUUAUUUGCUUUUUUUACUUUAUUAAAACUGUGUAAAAUUACAUUUUUUUUCCUCAGGGGAGAAAAAACAAGAGAGAAACAUCUAAAUCAUCCUUUCUGUUCUUUUUGGUUUUUUAACUGCUUUUGGGUUUUCCCCUUGCAGAAACCACAGAAAUGUUCCCUUAGAAUAAAAUAGUAUAUUUGUAUUUGA